AUGCGGGGCCCCUAUCACAGUCCUCGCCCUCCACCUGUUUCCUGGGGCGCACCCCCGGCUGGCCGCACCCCCCGGCUGGCCGCACCCCCCGGCUGGCCGCACCCCCGGCUGGCCGCACCCCCCGGCUGGCCGCACCCCCGGCUGGCCGCACCCCCCGGCUGGCCGCACCCCCGGCUGGCCGCACCCCCCGGCUGGCCGCACCCUCGGCUGGACGCACCCCCGGCUGGCCGUACCCUCGGCUGGACGCACCUCCAGCUGGCCGCACCCUCGGCUGGACGCACCUCCGGCUGGCCGCACCCCCGGCUGGCCGCACCCCCCGGCUGGCCGCACCCCCGGCUGGCCGCACCCCCGGCUGGCCGCACCCCCGGCUGGACGCACCCCCGGCUGGCCGCACCCCAGAAAACUCCAAUACACUUCCAAAUGUUAAGAUGUAACUUGGUGUAG